UGGCAGACGCACGUCUCAUACGUGACAAGAAGUUCUGAUAGUAAACAUUGUCUUAGAGCAUAGAGGAAGUAGAAUAGCUUUGUUCCAGAUGGUUCCAGCAUUCUAACAAUCCACAUGACCAUGACCUACUUUUCAAACUGCGAGUAAGUGGUAGAGGUUGUUGGAUUGCUGUAAACAUGGAGAACAGCGAGCAAGAAAAAAACAUCAUCAUGCGGUUUUCCAACGUGAUUUUGCGCCUACCCAGUGUGUUUAUAUUGGAGGCUAUUUACCAUGCGAGGACACGAUUCAUUUCGACGACGACGACGAAGGACACAGUGGCAGAAACCAUCGCUCAUGACUGGGGUUUAGAGCCGCACAUGGUGACCAUAGGAACACAGUAUUUAGGUUAUUUUGUGGCCUUCCUCCUUCAUGCUCUACCCUUAAGAAUGUUGAUCAAGAUGUACAAGUUCGUCCUCAUUGGAAUGAUGCUGCUGGUUGCUCAUCUACUCUCAGACCACUUCAUAUCUACUCAGAUCAUCAAUCCACUGAACUCUCAAUUGCCAAUGAUCACCAUCUUCUUAAUACAGUCUGCUAUUAGCUUAUUUUGUGCAUGGUUGGUCGAUACAAAACAUGUUUGGGUAUUCUCUGUAUACCUACUUCCUAUGGUAGCCAGUAGUUGUAGUUUACCAUUGGAUGUGCAGGAGAUGGUUCAUAAAACAGCCCAAAUCAUCACUCUGACAGGGGUAACCGUUUUUACAUUGAGCAACAUUCUAGUUCCUUACCGUAUGGCGUUGAUAGGCUACAAGACACUGCAAGAGUAUGUUGAACUUUAUGGUAUUGUCAGCGUCAUCUUUGCUGUUUACAACCGAUUCUUUGUGCCAAUGAUUUACCUCAUCUUCUGGCUCUCACUGUUUGCUCAUCGCUUGUAUGUGUACUACUCCAAGAAAGAUUCUCAUGUAUUUCAGGAGCAAUGGAUACUUGUGAUUUUUGCAUCUAUUGCUGAUUGCUGUGAAAGUCCAUGGAGUUUAAUUGGGCUUUGCUACACAGUGUCUUACUCUGCAUUCCUUCUACUCGUUCUUUGCAAGAUCUACUUGAAAGGAUUCAGUGAACUAGGAGGACAGAGUUUUCUCCAUCGUGGAUGGACAGAAGGUAUAACGCUAAUGCUGCUAGCGAUGGAGACGGAGCUUCUUCAACUCAAGAAGCUUGAGAAGAUUCUGCUAUUGAGUGUUGUGAUGUUCAUCGUCCUCUCAUCAACGAUUCAAUCCGUAUAUGAAAUACUGGAUCCUGUGAUCCUUGCCCUCGCUGCAUCAAAUAGUCGCAAUGUUUUCAACCAUUUCAGAGCAAUAAGUAUGUGCAUUGGUCUUAUGGUGACCCCUUUGUAUUUAAGCCUGACACUAUUUACUGUAUUUGAAGCGGAUCUCUGGUUAAUGAUAAUUGUUUCAAGUUGUCUCCUGACUGCAAUCCAGACUCUAGGGUCACUGAUGAUAUACUUUCUCUUCAUGGCGGAUCACCGACGUUCAGAACCUUGGGAAAGCCUGGAUGACAUUGUGUACAGCAUUCAUGCUUUGUGCCAUGUUCUAGAAUUUGGCUUAGCGUUAUCAGUUCUCUUCUAUGGUGGAAUGGAAUCUCUACAUGCAGACUAUAACAUUGUCGGAGGUGUUGUUAUUCUUGUCCAUUGUUACUUCAAUGUCUGGCAGCGGGCUCAAGCAGGAUGGCAAAGUUUCCUUGGUCGCCGAGAAGCAGCUCACAAGAUCAAUUCACUCCCUUCCGCAUCCAAGCUUGAACUCUCUGCUCUUCAAGAUGUUUGCGCAAUAUGCUUUGAAGAGAUGAAGUUUGCAAAAGUAACCCCAUGCCAUCACUUUUUUCAUAAUGUUUGCCUUCGAAGAUGGCUUUAUGUUCAAGAUAAAUGCCCCCUCUGUCAUAACAGUAUUAUACCUGGAAAGAAUGGAGCAUCUUCUGAUGCCAAUAAUGAUAAUAGAAUGGCUGCACCACAUGGAUUAGAUGUAAAUCUUGGACAAUGAGAUGGAGAGUUACCAUGGUUACAUUUUAAAAUGCCUAAGUAGGCCCUUUAUGUGAGAUCGUGCAAAAGAAUAAAUUUAUAUUUUAUGAGUUAAUGUAAGUGUCUAAUGCAUGAAAUCUUUCACACUGUAGGCCUAUGUGUAUGGUUGUGUAACUUAUAGAUUGCUACGUUUUGAAAAGGAUCAUGACCUUUGUUUCACCUGACUUAUGAUAAAAACAAUGAUUGUCGCUGGUCCAAUCCAGUUGCAAUCAGGGAGGAGGUCAAGGUGUUUAAGCAAAUCUUUCCUGCAAUCAGAUGAAACAAGUCGAUCAUUUGAGCUGUAUGCGGAGUCAAUAUAUUGGUUCAUGUCAGAUGAUCAAAUCAUGUGAGUACAAUGUACAUGGAAUCACAUAAAAUUGACACAAAUUUUUAGAUAACUGCUCAAAAUGCCAUUUUCUUUCCAAUUAAUAGUUUUAGCAUGUUAGAUUUAAGAUCAGCAUGAUAAGUACAUACUGCAUGUUUUGUCACACAUGAUUUAGUACACUAGUCCUAUACUUUUCUCAGUGAACUUUGUUCAGUGACUUUUAAAGUAUGCUAUUAUUUUCUUCAAAGUUUGACCAUCACUUUAAUUUAAAGUACCAUAAUAAAAAAGAGAAUAAAUAAUUAAAUAUAAUGAACAAGUUUGAGGGCAACUUCAUUUAUUAUCCUUAACAUUAACUAUUGUAAAAAUUAAUUGCAAGUAUUCGUUUUGCUCAAACUUAAAUACCCCACAGAUAUUUCACACUGCAUCAGUGUUAGUGCACACUCUGUUAAAUAAUAAUGAUGCAUUUGUCCAACAACAAACUUAUUUACACAGUGAAGUCUAAAAACAACUUUUAACUUGGCGUUUCUCUGUCUAAAUUGCUGACUAAUUGAAAAGUUUGAUGGGUCAAAAAGUUGAUUGUGCACAGCACAGAGUUCAUCAGUUACCCCCUUAAUGAAAUGUUUUAUCAAGUGGCACUCUAGCAACUAAGUUUUUACCCUAGACCCCAUAAACUGCAAUAGACCUGCCCACCUGGUAAUUGCGUAACAUGACCUUAUUACAAAGGGUUGUGUUUGUCACCAGGUCAUGUCUAAUGAUUACAUGUAAUUCAGACAAGACUGCAAAUUAUGUAGUUGAAUAAGCUCUGAACUUCAUGUUUUAUUCUCAGAGUUGCACAACAUAAAUUGCAUAACAGAUGUUUUUAAAAACCUAGAUUUACUUCAAAUAUUAAUAACUAAAACAACCAAUACAUUGGCAAGAGCUGAAAUUAAUAGUAUUGAUAACACCAUGUUGUAAAAUUAAAUUUUACGAGUAGUGGUGGCACUGAGAAAAACCAAUUUGUACCGCGACACCUUCUAACCAGUCUUUAUGGACAUGAUGGACCAAAAAAGUUUGGUUGCCGCCUCAAGAAUGUUGUUGUAUUCAAUAUCUUUGUUUGCUCCCACCACGCAUUGUUUGAAGUUUCGAGUUCCCUUUGUGCGUGACUCACUCACCACGCAUGCCUUAACAUUUCAAUACAAUUCAUUCCAGCACAUGUAUGCAAGUCUUUACAUUUUGAUUGUAAUCAAAUAAGUGUCUUAAAAAAAUCCAAUAACUGUCUCUUUUUGACAAACUUAGAAUUAUAUUGUACACCAAUUUUACUGAUUUGUAGUAAAAUGGCUUGACAACAGUGCAAUAAUGUCCACAAUGUACUUGAUGCGCAUGCAUUAAGGUCAUUUACAGUGCAAGUCAUGAAAUAUUUUACUGCCUCCCUUGAACAAUCCUGUACAAUGUAGACAUCAUUAGUAAAAUAGAUCACUGUAUCACGUCACUCAAUUACCAAAGACAGGUGCCCCUCUAAGGAGGCGUAAGCUCUUGUGUGUUACAUGAAUAUCAACUAGAAGCAAGUCAUCUGAUGAAAGCAAUUUGUUAUACAUACAUGCUUACAUUCAUCUACCAAUGAUUCAUGUACCAGGCAUGGAAUUAAAUGGAGGCUAUGGGCUCUGUUGCCCUGGCCUUGGCUUUGGUGCUCAUUCGAAAGCUUCCCAUACAUUGUAGACUUUAAGAUUUUCAAAUGUACUUGAUGCAAGUGUUUUUUUUUGGGAAAAUGAAAAUGGCCUUGCCCUCUCAAAGAUAAAUUUUCAAGGCCUGAUGUAUGAUACUGGAAAACAAACUACUGACAAUGUUCUGACAUUGAUUUAACCAAUCUGUGUAUGUUCAUAGGAGAUAAUAAAAAAUGGGCUUGUAAAAAACUGCCAACUUAUUAAAUAAUCAACCAGCCACAUCGUGGAUAGAUCGAUAUCUGUAAUCUGGUUACCAAGUAGGCUAUAUGAUGUGUUUAUUAUGAACGUAUCAUAUUCAUAUUAUUGAAUUGAAUAAAAUAACAAAUCCGAGUCAACUUUAAAAAAUAUUGUUUCCCAUGGUAAUUUAUGAGCUACUCUGUAAAUUACAUGUAGGUUUUAUUGUUUGGCUAACAGUAACUUAACUGUACUUGUUUAUGUGCACUGUAUCCUAUUUAAUUGUUUACUACUUCUUUGUAAUCAUCACAGUAAGUAGAAUCCUUUAUAAGCUUUGUGGAAGACGAACUGUCUUACAUGUUAUUCUUGUUUAAGAAAGAGUAUAAUGGGCUCAAAGCCACUUGAAUAGCUGAGAAAUUUUUCUUAAUACCAUGUAAUGAAUCAAGAAAUAAAUGAAGCAGUGUGAUGUUUAUAAAGUCCCCUUCUUUAAUAAGUUUUCACUUUAGAGCUAAUAUCAUUAAAUGACUGAAAGCCAGAAACAAAAACUUAAAGGCAGUGGACACUAUUGGUAAUCACUCAAAAUAAUUAUUAGCAUAAAACCUUUCUUGGU